GUGAAGAAGACUCGCGCGCGCACUGCUCGCUCUCCCACGGACAGUCUGCCGCAUAACCCCUAGCUGCUGGUCCCAGGUCACUAGUCUCAGGGUAGCACUGUCGUUCUUCAAUAGUUUCUGGGGAUGAGGGGUCGCUACAAACGAGACAAGACGGGUGACAUGGCAGUCGAGGCCCGUGACAGUGACGCUGGAUUCUUCGUCGAGCCGAACACACCUGUCGUCCGUGAAGCCGCCGGUGGGAGAAAAGCUUCCAAAAGAUCCACUAAUGGCAACGACAAGGUCUAUCUUGGAGUUCGUGUGAAGAUGCCAGUCAAAGACCUUCUGAAGAACAUACGUCAAGCACAGGGCUGGGAAUCGCAAGGCCUGAAGGAAUUAUGCAGCAAAGGAGCUAAAGGAGAGAAGAAACGUGUCAAAACCCGAGCAUGCCGGCAAACUACCAAGAAAAAAGUACCCACAAAAAGCUUGGAGGAGCUAGCAAUCAUUGUGGAAGUUCUGGAGGAGGAUCUGAGGUCCAGCCACACUGAGUGUUCCAAUCCCCAGUCGGCGUCCUUCAGUGCAUAUCCUGGCACAGGGUACAACAGUGAUGAGGCAGAGGAAAUGAUCCCAAGCCCGGGGUCCGACACUACCUACUCACCCGAGUGCCACCAAGCUCUCUCCCCUGCUCCAGAUUUCCUGGCUGCAAGUUGCCAGCUGUCCAACAUUGACCCUUAUCAUGAAAGAGACACAGACGUGGACUACGGGAUUUUGGAUGACUUGCUGAGUUCACCGAAUCCCAGCUGGAGUCACAACCACUCAGGCUUCUUCUGGGCUCAGCUACAGAAAGAGGAAAGCCAGCUGAGGGACGUCAGCGAUGCAGCACUGGUAGCUGUUGAUGAACACGGUCAAACAGCUCUCCACAGAGUGGUCUGUGGAGGGAAGAGGGCACGAGCCUACGCCAUCGCAAGAAGAAUGGCUGCCAUUGGUAGACUAGAUGUCAAGGACUUCGAGGGAAUGACUGCUCUCCUCCAUGCAGCAAACCACAACCAGCAUUUGAUGGUAGAAGAUCUGAUCCGGCUAGGAGCUGAUGUGAAUGAAAGCAGCCAUGCCGGGAAGUCAUGUCUUCACCUGAGUGCUGAGAAGGGCUAUAUCAGAGUACUGGAGGUUCUAAAACAUGCGAUGAUGGAUGGUUGGUAUGUCGAUGUUGAAGCCACUGAUAUCUCUGGUAUGAGCGUCAUGCAGUGCGCCUCUCUGUCUCUGAAAGCUACUUUGCAUGAGCUAGAAGUCAGCAGAUCCCCAAAUGAAACCAGACUUUACCAGCUACGCAAAGAGCAGAUCAUGGAGACGCUGGAGUGUCUGUUGCAGAUGGACAGUUUCUGUCACACCAUGGUGGGUGGAUUCUGGAUAACUGUUGAAAGAAGUGUCCUGCGGUGUGUGAGUGACAAAAAGCGGGUUUAGAAACAGACAGUAUCAUUUCUUUAGGUUGUGUUCUGGAAUUCAACAAGAGAUGAGCUCUCAAAAUCCUUAAAAUACACAAGGUUUUUUUUACUGUAUUUCACCAAAACUUAUGCAGUGCUCGGGGGAUGGGAGGGGGGACCCAUACAGUACGUAUAGACAGACAUGCAUAGUGAUGGCUACACUUUCUUGUCAUGACGAAUUUCAAAUAUGAGGAAGAGCCUUUUUCUCAGAGUUCAUUUCAAAGAAGAGCCAGCGUGUGAAUAUUGGAAUGUUUUCUAAAGUUAUGUGACAAUUUAAUGAUCAGGUUUUGCACUUGUCGCAUCAAAUGGAGUUAUGUUAUACGUCUCUGACUAUCUGUCCAAAUGUUUUGUUGUGCAGACAUUAACACGAGCCACAUCUUUUGGAAUUUCAUGCCUCGCCCUGAAAAGAGAAAUACCCGCAGUUCGUAUUCAUCCAGUAACUGGCAUAAAUGGCUUCAAAAAGCUACACAUCUGUGUUAGCGGUUAUAAGAUACAAAAUGAUUUGUUCUAUUCAAGAGUAGUGGAAAAGAGCACCAAAAGUCACAGGGUUUUCACUGGUUAUUACAUCCCUUCAUUUGCUGCAAUAGAUAUUUGGAUUAAUUUCACAAGGCAGCUGACAAAUGGUUGCUCUGCCUAAUGAGGUGGGGUAAAAAUCCAUUCUCGUAUGUCUUUUUAUUUAUUUAUUUAUUUUAUUUUUAUUUUUUGGGGGACUAUAUAUAAUAUCGAUAUUUCUCCCCAGAAUAAUGAGUCGAUCUUAUGUGCGUCUCUUGGCGGUAUCUCAGAGAUGCUAGUUUAAUAUUUAAGGCAAACUUGCAUUCUCAAACCCAGAUAAAUGAACUUGACUCAAAUGUUUACCAAGCACUCGUUGCUGUAUCCAUGUAGAGUCAUGGUUAUGUAGCUAGUAUUAUGCUAACCACUCUUCAUUGUUACUCCUCAAAGGUUCUAGACGCUAAAUUAACACCAUCAAUGUGAAAGCGUUGUAUACUUACGGUGAAAUGAGUUGAAUGUUGGUUGCUUAAUCCAGCUUCCGCAAUCACGCAGUUUUUAUGUAGCAAAAAUAAUGAUUUUGCAUGUUGGUCAUUCAAGUCAUACUUGGAAUAGCUUGCCCGUUGAAAAUGAACUACCACGGAGUCUGUACAUGUAGUGUCCAUCACAAAUUCUUUUUCACUCCUAUUUUUUUUUCCUUCUCAGUGGGGAUGCCGAAUGCAAGCAUGAACCCAUGGUUUAUCUGCCCAACAGGGCAUCGUGGAGACCCGAAAAGUAAUGUUCUGUGUCACGCAGGCUAAGGUUGGUCACAGAGAAAAAGGUGAACAGUGUUCCAGUCAUUCUCUCUGAACUUUGGCUUGUCAUGUAAAGCAUCUGACCUUCUGUGUGCGGUGCAAACGUCUCUCGGCAGAGUGGACGUUUGUAGUGUCCCGCGCAGAAGCUUCAGAUGCCCACUAGUUGGUUUCUGUGAAACUUCUUUGUGUGUUACAUUAGAUAACAACAUGCCCUCAGUUAGAGAUCCAAAUGUACAAUCCUAUGGAACGUUUCAAUGUGUGGAUGUAUUGAGUAUCACAUACAAGCCAGUGCAAUUGAUGACUGUAAAAUCCACCAUUGUUUUAGUUAACAGCUGCACUGCAAUACUUCCUGCUGUGUAUUGAGAGAACAUUUUGAUCAGGAAAAAAGUAAGAUUGGAGAUUUGGUUGUACUCAGAAUCUUUAACAUAAAGGGCUUUUAUGUUUGAAAUAAGUGCUGUGCAUCAGCGUGUGGGGUGCACACAUUUUUUUUGGUCUUCUCCUCAUAUAGAAAUUUUAGGAAUGUAUUCCAUGUAUAUAACUUUCUGCUUCGUGGAAGAAGACUGUUUCAUAACUACAAACAAUAUUGCAGUUUGAACAUAACCCGUAAACCGAGUUGUUUACAUUCGUUUGAAUCCACAAUACAACAUGACGCUCUUGACGUUGCUGUCUGAUCCUUUUUUGUGAGGUUUGUGAGGAAGUAGAUUUGUAUGUGACCAUUUUUGAAAGGUUGCAUUGAUUUACAAAGAGCUGUUAAUCUUGCUGCACUUAAUUUUCAUUCAUAUUACUGAACUGACUAUAUACCGUAGAUAAACCAUGUAUUCAUUCAUUGCGGUGUAUAUAUGUACAUAGUGUGGGAAGCGUGUUCUUUCUUUGUUAUUUUUAAUAGAUUUUUUUUCUUUUUUUAACUACCAAAUGUUUUACUACGUGAGUAUCACUUGACACUUGGAUUCUGUUACAUUUUACUCAACUGUCAAAGUGGUAACACAACAUGGAAGCACCAUCUUUACCAAUUUCAGUGUCAAGUGUCGUGGUGCUGGGUGUAGGCAGACUCUAUCUGUAAUUUGUUUUACUUUUGCAACUUUACUUUUUCUUGUGUUAUAUUAAAAUAAACA